AUGGAGGCAGUGACGAAGCCGCUGGAGCUGCGGGUGCCGUUGUGCGCGGCAGAGCAUGAGGCUGCCAAGCGGACAGUUUGCGUGACGGGCGCGAGCGGCUACGUUGCUGCGUUCGUCGUGCAGCGACUGCUGGCCGCAGGCCACACCGUGCACGCCGCGGUGCGGUCCCGCGCAAAGGCGCAAUUCUUGACGCGCCUGCCCGGGGCCGGCAAGCACCUGCGCGUGUUUGAGGGCUGCGACCUCCUCGUGCCGGGCAGCUUCGACGCCGCCGUCGCCGGCUGCGACUGCGUCAUGCACACCGCCAGCCCCUUCGCCAUCGGCGUCAGGGCAGACAAGGUGCAAGAAACCCUGAUCAAGCCGGCAGUUGAGGGAACACGGAACGUUCUGGACUCCGUGAACCGCACGCCCAGCGUGGGCCGCGUCGUGCUGACGUCAUCCAUCACGGCGGUGCUGUCGUAUCCCAUCCCCGGGCGCACCUACACCGAGGCAGACUGGAACGACCAGGCAAGCGGUCAGGGACAGCUGUGUUGCCUUGCCGUGCACGCAACUGAUUCUGAAUACGCAUACGAGCUGUCAAAAACCCUGGCGGAGAAGGCCGCCUGGGAGGCCGCGGGCGCGCAGGGCCGCUGGGACCUGGUGGCCCUGCUGCCUGGGCUGGUGUUCGGCCCGCCGAUGGACUUUGGGCACUCCACGGCGCAGAGCGUGCACGUGAUGCGGCGCAUGCUGCGCGGGGACAUGUCCGUGGGGUACCCUGAGUACCUGCUCAAGGCGGUUGAUGUGAGGGACGUGGCCAAGGCCCACGCGAUGGCCAUGAUCACGCCAGGGGCGCACGGCCGGUACCUCCUCACGCCGCACGACUUCUCAUUUGGCCAUGUGAAGCGCAUCAUCGCCGCCGGGCCCCUGGGCAAAGACCGUGGCAUCGUGCGGCGUCUGCCCUCGGAGCCGCUGUUCAAGAGGCUGCUGUGGCUGAUUGCUGAUCUGAUCAACAUCGAGCGCUACAGGAUCUACCAGAUGUAUGGCGUGGAGCUUCACACUGACGGGUCACGGUGUGAGAGGGAUCUGGGGAUGACGUCAUGGGUGCCGGACGCGGAAAUGUACAACCAGAUGGCGGCCACCAUGAUCGUGAUGGGCAUGUGCAAGUGGAUGGAGCCCCUCAAGUACGCCCCCCUCUGCGCCGCCGACUCCCUGGCGCCCGCCGCUUAUGACGGGCCCUGGAGGGGCAGCUGCUGGGACUCCUGCUGCUGCAUCGUCGCCGACGCCAGCCAGCGGGCGAUCCUCGGGUCUUAUGAGGUGCACAACGAGGUCAAGCCGCGAUGA